CGCGAACCGCUCACUUGCCAGCCCUUCGUCCCCGGGAAGAAGCCACAUUUCCCGGGAGCGCACUCCUCAGCCCUCUCUCCCUCCCUCCCCUCCCCCGUCUUGCUUUCUUGGGGGAGGGGGGCUGCCGCCUGGCACUGAAGGCCAUUGAUUUGUAUGCCUCGGUCCCGGUGCCCAAGGCUGCCCCAGCCGCCCGGGCCCGUGCCGCCGCCGCCGCCGCCGCCCGUGGACUCGCCUCUCCGCUUUCCUAGGGUGCCUCGGCUCCACCAAACAUGUCGGCUCCUGUCGGGCCCCGGGGCCGCUCGGUUCCCACCCCAGCGGCCUCUCAGCCUCCACCGCAGCCCGAGAUGCCCGACCUCAGCCACCUCACCGAGGAGGAGAGGAAAAUCAUCCUGGCCGUCAUGGAUCGCCAGAAGAAAGAAGAGGAGAAGGAGCAGUCCGUGCUCAAAAAACUCCAUCAACAGUUUGAAAUGUAUAAGGAACAAGUAAAGAAGAUGGGAGAAGAAUCACAGCAGCAGCAGGAACAGAAGGGUGAUGCCCCAACCUGUGGUAUUUGCCACAAAACAAAGUUUGCUGAUGGAUGUGGCCAUAACUGUUCAUAUUGCCAAACAAAGUUCUGUGCUCGUUGCGGAGGCCGUGUGUCAUUACGCUCAAACAAGGAGGACAAAGUGGUUAUGUGGGUAUGUAAUUUGUGCCGAAAACAACAAGAAAUCCUCACAAAAUCAGGAGCAUGGUUUUAUAAUAGUGGAUCUAAUAUACCACAACAAACUGAUCAGAAGGUUCUCCGAGGGCUUCGAAAUGAGGAGGCACCUCAGGAGAAGAAAGCAAAACUCCAUGAACAGACCCAGUUCCAAGGACCCCCAGGUGACUUACCUGUAUCUGCCGUGGAGAAGAGUCGAUCUCACGGGCUCACAAGACAGGAUUCUAUUAAAAAUGGGUCAGGAGUGAAGCACCAAAUUGCCAGUGACAUACCUUCAGACAGGAAACGAAGUCCAUCAGUAUCCAGGGAUCAGAAUAGAAGAUACGAGCAAAGGGAAGAAAGAGAGGAAUAUUCACAGUAUGUUCCUUCAGAUAGCACAAUGCCUAGGUCGCCAUCAGAUUAUGCUGACAGACGAUCUCAACGAGAACCUCAGUUUUAUGAAGAGUCUGAUCAUUUAAAUUACAGGGACUCCAACAGGAGAAGUCAUAGGCAUUCCAAAGAAUACAUUGUAGAUGAUGAGGAUCUGGACAGUAGAGAUGAGUAUGAAAGACAAAGGAGAGAGGAGGAGUACCAGGCACGCUACAGAAGUGAUCCAAAUCUGGCCCGAUAUCCGGUAAAGCCACAACCCUAUGAAGAACAAAUGCGCAUCCAUGCGGAGGUAUCUCGAGCCCGGCAUGAGAGACGGCAUAGUGAUGUUUCCUUGGCAAAUGCUGAACUAGAAGAUUCUAGGAUUUCUCUGCUGAGGAUGGACCGACCAUCAAGGCAAAGAUCUAUAUCUGAACGUAGAGCUGCAAUGGAAAACCAGCGAUCUUAUUCAAUGGAAAGAACUAGAGAGGCUCAGGGACAAGGUUCUUAUCCACAACGGACCACAAACCAUAGUCCUCCAACACCCCGGAGGAGUCCAAUACCCAUUGAUAGACCAGACAUGAGGCAUACUGACUCUCUAAGGAAGCAACACCACUUAGAUCCCAGCUCUGCUGUAAGGAAAACAAAACGAGAAAAAAUGGAAACAAUGUUAAGGAACGAUUCUCUGAGUUCAGACCAGUCAGAGUCUGUGAGACCACCACCUCCAAAGCCUCAUAAAUCCAAGAAGGGAGGUAAAAUGCGUCAGGUUUCAUUGAGCAGUUCAGAGGAGGAAUUGGCUUCCACGCCUGAAUAUACAAGUUGUGAUGAUGUUGAGAUUGAAAGUGAGAGUGUGAGUGAAAAAGGGGACAGUCAAAAGGGAAAAAGAAAAACUAGUGAGCAGGCAGUUUUGUCGGAUUCUAACACCAGGUCUGAGAGACAAAAGAAAAUGAUGUACUUUGGUGGCCACUCUUUGGAAGAGGAUUUGGAAUGGUCUGAGCCUCAGAUUAAGGACUCUGGGGUAGAUACCUGUAGUAGCACAACCCUUAACGAGGAGCAUAGCCAUAGUGAUAAGCACCCUGUGACCUGGCAGCCAUCCAAAGAUGGAGAUCGCUUAAUUGGGCGUAUUUUAUUAAAUAAACGUCUAAAAGAUGGGAGUGUACCUCGGGAUUCAGGAGCAAUGCUCGGUUUAAAGGUUGUAGGAGGAAAGAUGAUUGAAUCAGGUCGGCUCUGUGCAUUUAUUACCAAAGUAAAAAAAGGAAGUUUAGCUGAUACUGUAGGACAUCUUAGACCAGGUGAUGAAGUAUUAGAAUGGAAUGGAAGGCUGCUGCAAGGAGCCACGUUUGAGGAAGUUUACAAUAUCAUUUUAGAAUCUAAACCUGAACCACAAGUGGAACUUGUUGUUUCUAGGCCAAUUGGAGAUAUACCUAGAAUACCUGAUAGCACACAUGCACAACUGGAAUCCAGUUCUAGCUCAUUUGAAUCUCAAAAAAUGGAUCGUCCUUCUAUUUCCGUUACCUCACCCAUGAGUCCUGGCAUGUUGAGGGAUGUUCCACAGUUCUUAUCAGGACAACUUUCAAGCCAAAGCCUUAGUAGAAGAACAACGCCUUUUGUUCCUAGGGUUCAGAUAAAGCUGUGGUUUGACAAAGUUGGUCACCAGUUGAUAGUUACAAUUUUGGGAGCAAAGGAUCUCCCUUCUAGGGAAGAUGGGAGGCCAAGGAAUCCUUAUGUUAAAAUUUACUUUCUUCCAGACAGAAGUGAUAAAAAUAAGAGAAGAACAAAAACAGUAAAGAAAACAUUGGAACCCAAAUGGAACCAGACAUUCAUUUAUUCUCCAGUACACCGAAGAGAAUUUCGGGAACGAAUGUUGGAAAUUACCCUUUGGGAUCAAGCUAGAGUUCGAGAAGAAGAAAGUGAAUUCUUAGGAGAGAUUUUAAUUGAAUUAGAAACAGCACUGUUAGAUGAUGAGCCACACUGGUACAAACUUCAGACCCACGAUGUCUCUUCAUUGCCACUCCCUCAUCCUUCUCCAUAUAUGUCACGAAGACAACUACAUGGAGAAAGCCCAACGCGUAGAUUGCAAAGGUCAAAGAGAAUCAGUGAUAGUGAAGUCUCUGACUAUGACUGUGAUGAUGGGAUUGGCGUAGUAUCAGACUAUCGACACAAUGGUCGAGAUCUUCAAAGUUCAACAUUAUCAGUGCCAGAACAAGUAAUGUCAUCAAACCACUGUUCACCAUCAGGGUCUCCUCAUCGAGUAGAUGUUAUAGGAAGGACUAGAUCAUGGUCACCCAGUGUCCCACCUCCACAAAGGAAUGUGGAACAGGGACUUCGAGGGACACGCACUACUACUGGACAUUAUAAUACAAUUAGUAGAAUGGAUAGACAUCGUGUCACGGAUGACCAUUACUCUCCAGAUCGAGACAGUCAUUUUCUUACUCUACCUCGCUCCAGAUACAGUCAGACCAAUGAGCAUCAUCACAGGGAUGGCAGGGAUUGUGAAGCAGCAGAUAGACAGCCAUAUCACAGAUCCAGAUCAACAGAACAGCGGCCUCUCCUUGAGCGGACCACCACCCGCUCCAGAUCCUCUGAACGUCCUGAUACAAACCUCAUGAGGUCGAUGCCUUCAUUAAUGACUGGAAGAUCUGCCCCUCCUUCACCUGCCUUAUCGAGGUCUCAUCCCCGUACUGGGUCUGUCCAGACAAGCCCAUCUAGUACUCCAGUGGCAGGACGAAGGGGCCGACAACUUCCACAGCUUCCACCGAAGGGAAUAUUGGAGAGAAAAGUUACAUGGGAAGACCAGCAGAAAAAGGUGAAUGGUACAAUAAGUGAUGACAAACCAUUGCCGAAAAUGAAACACCAAUCUGAGCCAGGUGCUAUGGAUAUAGAGGAGAGAAAUCGCCAAAUGAAAAUUAACAAAUACAAACAGGUAGCCGGAUCAGAUCCCAGACUGGAACAAGAUUACCAUUCAAAGUAUCGAUCAGGAUGGGACCCACAUAGAGGGGCAGAUAAUAUUUCCACUAAAUCUUCGGACAGUGAUGUAAGUGAUAUAUCUGCGGUUUCCAGGACUAGUAGUGCUUCUCGUUUCAGCAGCACAAGCUACAUGUCUGUCCAAUCAGAACGGCCAAGAGGAAACAAGAAAAUCAGGCCAAAGGGAAUAGAAGAGGGAGGGGAAGGAGGGGAUAAGCAUGAAGAGAUAGUUCAUGAGCAACAAGAGGUAAAGGAAGAAAGAAUGAAUGAGGAUGGGAAAGGGAAAGAAAUUACAAAACCAUUUAAUAAGGAAAAAAGCAGAGAAUCAGGAGAUGAGGAAAAGCCACAAGAUAUACCUGAGCAGGGGAAAGAAAAAGAACAGUGGAGUAAAGAGGAUUUGCAAAGGAGUUUCUCUCAAGAUGAUGACAGUGACUUUACAUCCAAGAUGCAAAGCCGACAAAUGGGCAUGUCAGGGAAGAACAUGACCAAAAGCACCAGCAUCAGCGGAGACAUGUGUUCACUGGAGAAGAACGAUGGCAGCCAGUCUGACACUGCAGUGGGCACUCUGGGAACCAGUGGCAAGAAGAGACGCUCUAGCAUUGGGGCCAAAAUGGUAGCUAUUGUGGGUCUGUCUCGGAAAAGUCGCAGUGCUUCUCAGCUCAGCCAAACGGAAGCAGGAGGUAAAAAGCUUCGAAGCACUGUCCAGAGGAGCACAGAAACAGGCCUGGCAGUGGAAAUGAGGAACUGGAUGACUCGACAGGCCAGCCGAGAAUCUACAGACGGCAGCAUGAACAGCUACAGCUCAGAAGGAAAUCUUAUUUUCCCCGGUGUCCGCCUGGCCUCCGACAGCCAAUUCAGUGAUUUCCUUGAUGGCCUGGGCCCUGCUCAGCUAGUGGGACGCCAAACUCUGGCUACUCCUGCAAUGGGUGACAUUCAGGUAGGGAUGGUGGACAAAAAGGGACAGUUGGAAGUGGAAAUCAUUCGGGCCCGUGGCCUUGUUGUAAAACCAGGUUCCAAGACACUGCCAGCACCAUAUGUCAAGGUGUAUCUGUUAGAUAACGGAGUCUGCAUAGCCAAAAAGAAAACAAAGGUGGCAAGGAAAACGCUGGAACCCCUUUAUCAGCAGCUCUUAUCUUUCGAAGAGAGUCCUCAAGGAAAGGUUCUACAGAUCAUUGUCUGGGGAGAUUACGGCCGCAUGGAUCACAAAUCCUUUAUGGGUGUGGCCCAGAUACUUUUAGAUGAACUGGAACUGUCCAAUAUGGUGAUUGGAUGGUUCAAACUUUUCCCUCCUUCUUCCCUAGUAGAUCCAACCUUGGCCCCUCUGACAAGAAGAGCUUCCCAAUCAUCUCUGGAAAGUUCAACUGGACCUUCUUACUCCCGUUCAUAGCAGCUGUAAAACUGUUCUCACAGCAACCAGCGUUACAAAAAAGAAAAAAAUCCACAGGUCGCAAACCCUGGUAACACUGCAUGCUUAAUGUUGUGUCUUCUGAGCCCACUUCUAGGGAUACAAUGAGAUCCUGUGUUCUCAGAGGAAGUUGCACACAUUGUGCCCUAAUGAAGGCCCUCGGUGAAAGAGCAGAGCUAUGAGGAACUAUCAGGUUGGGAGUUCAAUGACAUUUGAGGUUUGGUCCAAUCUGAAGCCAUGGAUUAAUCUUAAAGAAUCAGUCAGCCCUUUUCAAAGGCACCUUUAUAUUUUUAUCGUCCUUCUUCAUUUAUCUGACCCUAAAGCCCUGUUAUGCCACAGACGUGGAGCUCUACAGCCAUUAAGCCAUGCUACAGGUCAAGAAGCAAAGUCCUAGCAAGCAUCAGGUGAAAAGCAAAAGACCAAAGAAGUGGUCAGGACCAGUGUCAGCCCACCCCCGGACAGGGAUCCAGUGGGGAGAGAGACAGACUGGGGAGCUCCAGGAGUCGUGUUAUUUCUAAUGCCAAGAUGUGUUGGACUUUGAAAUACAAUUCUGUGACUACAGUGAAUGAAUGAAAUUAAAGAAACUUUUUUGCAUGGACAGAUUAGCUGAAUAUUUCAAUUAUUUUCUUGGGGCUGCAACUUGCAAAAAAAAAAAAGAAGAAGAAGAAGAAAAAUCAGCCAUUUUCAACAAUUUAUAUUAUUUUUAAAAUAAAUUUCACUAGUGCAUGGUUUUAAAAAAGGGGGAGAGAAUGCAACAGGGUGAUACAAAGACACACCAUGUUUAUUCUUUAAACUAAUCAUAGUCUGUGUUUUGGCAGACAUUACAAAUGAAAAUACUUUCUAGAAGAUACUUAACCUUCUCUUUAUGUGACAAAUAAGUAUAAUAUAUUUGAUUUAUUUCCAUGUUAAAUAUACAAAUCUUAUGAAGUUCAAUAUGUGCAAAUUUUUCACAUCUCCCUUCCCUAUCUCACUUUUCUCUUAUCCCUCUUUUAAUCUUUUAUUUUCUUUCUCCCUAUCUGAGUGAACCUUAUACUAAAAAAUUACAAGUUUUUGAUCUGAUCCUCUCUUAUACCCCAUAUUUGAUUCAGAGCUAUAUGUGCUUCUGAAUUUCUGAAUUUCUCAAGGGAAAAAACCUAAGAGCUUUCUUUAUUUCAAGCAUGUUGAAAGGAUUUUGCAACAUGACUUGGGAAUAUAUUAAAGUAAGUCAGCAUGUAUUUGACAAAGAAGAUAUUUGAACUUUUGCAAUUUAUUGUACAGUGCAUGGUAAUUUUUUUUCACCUUCAACUUCAGUUUACAGGAAAAUCCUAAAGUCAUGUGGCCAUUGUAAUGUCUAACAAAUUUGUUUUUAGCACCAGCAUUGUUCAUACAGGGGUUAAAGUAUUAUUUGUAGGUCUUAGGUUUUGUUCAUUUGUUUGUUAUUAGUUAAAGGAAUUUCUUUAGCUAUUUCCAUUUACUAUGUGAAUAGAAACACUGCUAAAAAUUUUGAAGCCCUGAAACAGGGCUGUUUAUUAAUUCAUUUUUCUGUAGUAAGAAUCAAUUUUUCACAAAUUAUAUUUCUAAAGAAAUAUAGUAAACAUAAAUUUGCAACAAUUUUGAAGCUCCAGUUUUUAGGUGACUCAAGGAAAGUCAACAAGCCUCUCAAUAAUUCUUUGAUGCCAUCACCAAAGUCUACACGCAAUCCCCUAGAAUCAGAACCCCUGCCUUUGGUUUACAGACAGUUAUUACCACCGGGUGGUGCUGCAAGGUCAAAGUUCUCUCAAGGUCCCUAUUUAGAGGAAAUGUCACUGGUCAAUGUAAUAAACCACCCAUACUUUCUGGUUCUUAUGUACACUUUGAUAAAACAUACAUAUAGAUUGGUUUUAACUGCUUGCAAUAAUUUUUUAAAUCUACCUACAUCCCAUUUGUAAGGAAGGCCGUGCACAAAACUUAAUUUUCUUUGUUUUUCUUUAUUUAAUUCAAUGCUGACCAUUCAAAACUAUCAUGCUUGAUAUGGUGCAAAAGUUACAAUGAGUUCUCACUAAAAAUGCCUUCUCUUUACGUGGUGCAACAUGAAACACACCAAGACUGUGUCUUGACUUUCUGAGACCCAUGAUGGACCCAGGCAAAGUUGUGAAAAGAAGGAUUAAAAUUUUAUUGAAAUAAUUUAGACACCUGUGUACCAGCAGCAAUUGAUUUAAUAGACUUAUAAUGUCUAUACUAUUCCUUAGAAUAAACAUUUACCAUUGUCCUGAUACCAAGAUGCAGUCACAUAGUCUUUUGUGCAUAUUCCUAUACCAAUUAUUUCUAAUUUUAAUAAGAAGGAGAUGACUGUAUGGAAUAUUUGUACAUACUUGUCAUUAUGCAGUAUUCAUUUAAAAGUUGGUGUACCUUUUUUAAUUUUCACAUGUCUGUACCUCAACUUGUGGUUUAGUCAUGUAAAUAGCACUAUGCCAGUGACCAUUGCUGCCCUGUACAUAGUCUGUUUUGCAGUAAAGGGAAUUCCAGUUGGGAAAAAAGGGCAGAUUAGUCCUGUAACAAACACCAACUAAUGUAAAUCAAAUUCAUUCUGGUGAUGGUAUUUAACACUUUAAAUAAAACAUUUUCUUUACA